GCCGCCUGCUCUCGUCCACUUAACAAGCGAGACGCAGUUCGUCUCGGACGAGCCUAGUGACUCUGAGCUACCUGAACACGAAGACUCGAAGCGAGACAGUAGCCUACUAAGUUCCAGUAGGUUGAGUCGUUGUUGCCCACAACACGCUACCAUUCUGCUAAUGAAUGCUGAUUGGUUAGUGAAGGACUGAUUACGAGCAGAGAUCCCGUUUGAUGGCAUCCAAAGCGGAACCAGAAUUCCCAAACCAUGAAUAUUGUGGGCCAGUUUGCGCAGACAAUGUUUGGGACGGCGAAGGAGCUGUGCCAUGGCCUUAACCCCGCCACUCUCACUGGAGGGAUCGAUGUCAUUGUGGUGCGACAGCCCGAUGGAUCGUUCCAGUGUUCCCCUUUUCACGUCCGCUUUGGAAAGCUGGGUGUGCUGCGCUCCAAGGAGAAAAUUGUGGACAUAGAGAUCAAUGGAGAAUCAGUUGACCUGCACAUGAAGCUGGGUGACAAUGGAGAAGCUUUUUUUGUGGAAGAAAAUGAAAACAAGGAGUCGCAGGUCCAAGCCCCUCUGUGGGCUGAAGAGAUCGAAGAAACCCCUGAGGGAUCCUCCAUCACCGGUUCUCAUACUCACCUGACAGAAGAGAAUUACUUUGUCCUAUGGACAAACACAAAAGAAGAAAACACAAAACAGCCCAAAGCCACAUUGGAUGACAUCGACAGUGAUGAAGUGGCGGGCCUCAGCCAAGAAGCCAUGAUUACUUCCAGCCUAUCAACAGAAACCCUCAGCGCCACUCAGUGUAUCACCCAGAUGUACCGCAAAUUGCUACGUCUGACCUCUAAUCAGAUAGAGCAGUUAAACCUGCGUGAGGGAGCCAACAAGGUGGUGUUCAGUGUGACCACACAAUACCAAGGCACCUGCCGCUGUGAGGCUGCCAUCUACCUGUGGAAGUGGGACGAUCGUGUCAUCAUAUCAGACAUAGACGGCACCAUCACUAAGUCUGAUACUCGUGGUCAAAUUCUACCUCGGUUUGGAAAAGACUGGACACACAAAGGCAUCGCCACACUCUACCACAAAAUACACCAAAAUGGCUAUAAGUUCCUGUAUUGUUCAGCAAGGGCCAUAGGUAUGUCUGCCAUCACUAAGGACUACCUUCAGUCUGUCAAUGACAAAGGCAUUGUCCUCCCUCAAGGCCCUGUACUGCUGGCCCCAAGCAGCCUCUUUUCAGCACUGCACAGAGAGGUUAUUGAGAAGAAGCCGGAGGUGUUUAAAAUUGCCUGUCUCAGUGACAUCAAGGACCUGUUCAACCCACAGAGACAGCCCUUCUACGCGGCCUUUGGCAACAGGACUAACGAUGCUUAUGCCUACAAGCAGGUCGGGGUGCCUGAUACCAGAUUAUUUACCGUCAACCCAAAAGGAGAGCUGAUCCAGGAGAGAAGUAAAGUCAAGUCAUCGUACAGCGUCCUCAGUGAAUCAGUGGAACAUUUCUUCCCCACGCUCUCUGUCGGGGGAAGCACAUCCUCUGCUUUGGACUGUUGGAAGGAGCCUCUGCCAUAACUGGGCCUGGAUGCACUACUGUAGACACACACACAUCUACCUAAACACCACACACAAGUCUUAUAGCAAGCACGUAUACUCUCUACAGUCCCUGACAAAAGUCUUGUCGCUUAUCUAUUUUGUAGAAACACCUGCUAUUAACCUGA